AUGGCCUCGCUCGAAGUAACCGCACAGAAUCCCGCCGAGCGGAGCGGGACGCUGCUCGAGGCCCCGACACCGGCAGACAUGAGCACGGCGCCCACACCCGCCAUCAGCGCGGCGCCGACGAUAGAGAAGAACAUGGACUCGGACGUCGAGAAGUCGGGCCAGACCGACACGGCGCGGACGGUCCGCGGCGUCAAGUGGGUGCUGAUCCUGUUCGCCAUCUACGUCAUCGCGUUCCUGUACGGGCUCGACACGACCAUCGCGGCCGACGUGCAGGGGCCCGUCAUCGAGGCGUUCGGCCACGUCGAGCAGCUGCCGUGGAUCGGGUCCGGCUUCCCGCUGGGCUCCGUCGCCGUCAUCGCCCUCGUCGGCACCCUCUACGGCCACUUCAACAUGAAGUGGACCUUCCUCGGCGGACUCGUGCUCUUUGAGGUCGGCUCCGUGCUGUGCGGCGCCGCGCCCAACAUGAACGCGCUGAUCGUCGGCCGCGUGCUCGCUGGCGCCGGUGGCGCAGGCAUCUACCUCGGCGGCCUCAACUACGUCACGGCGCUGACGGCACCCGAGGAGCGCGGCUUGUUCAUCAGUGGUAUCGGCUUCUUCUGGGGCGUCGGAGCGGUUCUCGGCCCCGUCAUCGGCGGCGCCUUUGCCUCGUCGAGCGCCACCUGGCGCUGGGCCUUCUACAUCAACAUCGUCAUCGGCGCCGUCGUGGUGCCCAUCUUCCUCUUCCUCAUCCCGUCCAUCCACCCCAACCCCGGCAAGACGGUCCGCGAGCGCGUCGAGCACUUUGAUUUCAUCGGCCUCGUCCUCAUCGCCGUGACGUGGGUGCUGUUCGCGGUCGCGUUCCUCAUGGCGGGCGCCGAGUGGGCGUGGGAUGACGGGCGCACCAUCGCCGUCAUUGUCGUGUUCGGCUACUUCACCGUUCUGACGACGGCCGCGACCCGCGCGUUCCCGGGCCAUCUGAUCCUCAGCCGCACGCAGGUGCUGCUCUUCGCGGCCACGGCGGCCAGCUCGUCGUCGCUGUUCAUCGUCGUCUACUACAUCCCCAUCUACUUCCAGUUCGUGCACUCGGACAGCGCGAUCCAGGCCGCCGUGCGCCUGCUGCCCUUCAUCAUCAUCACCGUCUUCACCAACGUGGCCGCCGGCUACCUGCUGUCCAAGGUCCGCUACUACAUGCCCAUCUACCUAGCGGGCGGCGUGCUGAUCACGCUCGGCGGCGCGCUGCUCAUGUCGUUCCUCGACGCCGCCACCAGCAUCGGCAAGAUCUACGGGUUCCAGAUCAUCAUCGCCGUCGGCACGGGCCUGACCAUCCAGCUCGGCUACGCCGUGGCCACGCUGACCGUCAAGCCCGAGGACAUCGGCAACGCCAUCACCUUCCAGAACAUGAGCCAGCUGGGCAGCACCGUGCUGUGCCUGGUGAUCGCCGGCCAGGUCUUCCAGAGCGCCGCCGUCUCGAACCUGACGGCCGCGCUCGCCGGCAACGGCUUCGCCCCGCAGGAGAUCACCGAGGCCAUCGCCGGCGCCCAGAGCGCGCUGUUCGGCGAGCUCAGCGGCGCCCUGCGCGCCGCCGCCAUCGACGCCAUCGUCAAGGCCAUGCAGAAGUCCUUCAUCCUCGUCAUCGUCGCCGGCGCCGUCAUGGUCGUCUCGUCCGUGCUCAUGAAGCGCGAGAAGCUGUUUGGCGACAUCGUCCAGGCCUGA